AUGGAGGAACUUCCAGCCGCUGUGGACGUGUCACUUCACAACUUCAGCAUGAGGCAGUGGGAGCAGCUCGCCCACUUUCAUGUCAUGAGGCUGAUGGACUCACUCUUCCUGUGGGUGGGGGCAAUGCCACAUCUACGGAACUUCACAGUGGCCAUGUGCAGCUGCUUCGACUCCAUCCUUGUGUUCACCUCCCUUUUUGGAGACACUUCUGAUAUGACAUCCACCGACCUCACUCAGUGCUUAGCCAGGAAGACCAGCAAACAGGUGUUUGUCAACUACAACCUCUCCAGUACAGACAAUAACUUCACAUUACUCAUAGAAAACAGGAUCAAAGCAGAAAUGGAGACCUUUCUGGAAAAGUUCUGA